CCCGUAGUGUUAGUGGCAAGAUGGUGGCAGCCAGGAUGCAGCUCACUUUAUACACGGUUUUGCUUCUGAACUUUUUCAACAGUUUCGUCUCCGCUUUAUAUUUUCACAUCGGGGAAACGGAGAAGAAAUGUUUCAUAGAAGAAAUUCCAGACGAAACUAUGAUAAUUGGAAACUACCGUGUACAGCUGUAUGACAAAAUGAAAGAGGAGUACAUGCCUGCCACUCAAGGACUUGGCAUGUUUGUUGAAGUGAAAGACCCUGACGAGAAGCUGAUCCUUUCUCGUCAGUAUGGCUCAGAGGGAAGGUUCACAUUUACCUCUCACACCCCUGGUGAACAUCAGAUCUGCCUUCAUUCCAAUUCCUCCAAGUUCUCCCUUUUUGCGGGUGGGAUGCUUAGAGUACACCUGGACAUCCAGGUUGGGGAGCACACCAACAACUAUGCAGAAAUUGCAGCCAAAGAUAAGCUGACGGAGCUCCAGUUGAGGGUUCGUCAGCUGGUGGAGCAGGUGGAUCAGAUUCAGAAAGAGCAGAACUAUCAGCGGUAUCGCGAGGAGCGCUUCCGUCAGACCAGCGAGAGCACCAAUCAGAGAGUGCUGUGGUGGUCCAUCGUCCAGACACUGAUCCUAGUGGCCAUUGGCUUCUGGCAAAUGAGGCACCUCAAGAGCUUCUUCGAGGCCAAAAAAUUAGUGUAGUGUGUGUGUGAGUGUAUAUGUGUGUGUGUGUGCAGAGUGUUCUUUUUUGUCUUGAAAGUACAUACCUUGUACAGUGAAUGCAGUAUGCAGAAAAUGGUUUUGGCGAAAACUUCAAAAAAUGCCAGAACACAAGCCGGUGGAUUUAUUUUCUUUCAACACAAGUCCCCUUCCCUAAAUGUUUAGUUUUAAUUGCUUUGAGAUUCUGAUUAAUUUUACAACUUCUUUUUGUCACCUACCCUCUCUCAAUAUGAAUCUUUACCAUGCUUAAGAUGCAUUUUAAAUGCCUGGUUGACUUAGUUUGAAGCCAGUCAAAUGAUGGCUAAAUUGGAGUCAUUGCACAGUCAGUGAGGAGCUGUUCAAAUUUUGUCUUGCAGCGUCAUGAAAGGGUUAAAACCGCUGCCCUUGUAUUUACAUUAACAGUUCUCAGUUACUUUCAACCAUCUUUCAUCUUCAAAGUUACUAUAUAUUACAUGCAGUUCCUCAAAUUAGAAAGCAAUUCGCCUUAUUUGUGCAUACUAGACAUUUGCCAUGUGGACUUAAAGCUUUGAACUGGAUUGUAGGCUAGCUGACACACAUCCCUUUCAUCCAACUAGGUUGUGUGUUAGGUAGUUUACUUGCAAUGGUUUGUUACUGUCGAUGAUAUUUAAGGUUUUGGUUGUGUAGAAAUGAAUGUAUGUUUUUUGGUUAUAGUUUUCUAUCCCAGUUUCUUGGGUAGCACAUUCUGCAAAUGGACACAAGCUAUCUCAAUCCUUGGCAAGUUCUUGGAGAAUUUAGACAUAUUUUGUAUCUUUCUGAAGGUGGCACCCAUUAUUUUUUGGGGAAUUUCAUUUCUGUGCUAUAAAAACACUUUUUACAGUAAAGUGUUUGAAAUACAACUAGUUAUUUGUACCUCUGAUGGUUAUGUCCACCUCUGACACAAAGUUUGAAGGCAUCCCUCCUCCAUGACGCUCUUUGCUUGUCGUAGCUGGCCUUUUUUGUUUACCUAUGGAAGGAAACGGAUAGAAAAAUCAAUAUAUUUGGGUGUUAACAUGAGUUUCUGAAACAUUGUAACAAUCAUGAGCUGAGUUUCAGGAAAUGCGUUUUUCUAACCAACAGUUCAACUUCUUCCUCCUCAUGCAAAUGCUCAAGUAAUCGAUUGUGUAUGGAUCGUUUGAUUGAACACAACAGUGUUCAGGGAAUGGGGACUUUGGCCUUAGUGUUUGCCAUGGGAGGACACCUCAUCCCAAGAAAAUGUGAGGACAAAAUGUAUCUGUGGAAGCUGCAAAAGCAAGCGCAAUUUUUUGUUCAUUUGGCCUUGUCGUAAGAACCUUUUUCAGCAACAUGCAACCUUUUCUCUGAACUACUGUUAAAGAGGCACUGAUGAUGCUGAUAGAUGGCUGAUGCUUACUGGUUCCAUCCUACUUUGUUUGUUUGUUUUUGUUUGUUUUUAAACAUCUGGCUGUUUGUGUCACACCUUAGACUUUUCAAACAAACGUUUGAGUCAUUGGGCUGAGGCUUUUUAUUAAAUAAAUGUGAGGGGUAACGAUAUUUGCAUAAAAAAAUGUUUAUAAUUGCACUCAAAGGAAAAAAAUAAAAUAAAAGAUUUGCCUCCUUUUA